AUGGAUGCCAUGGUAGCGAAACCUCCAGCAGAUCCCGACACCCUCGUCGAGGAUGUCGAACACCUCAGCAUCUCGCCAUACGGGCCCGCGAGGUCCUCAAUCACUGAACACCCGCUCAGCGAGGAUGAGGUGCGGAAGAUGACCGACUACUUCCAUGCUUCUCUAUACAUGUGCCUCGGCAUGAUAUAUCUGAGGAGAAAUCCUCUGCUUCGCGACCCGCUUACUCUGGAUCACCUCAAGCGACGCCUGUUGGGACAUUGGGGCUCGGAUGCUGGACAGAGCUUCACAUACAUCCACAUGAACCGUCUCAUCAAGAAGUACGAUCUGGAUGCCAUCUUCAUUUCUGGCCCUGGUCAUGGCGCACCCGCUGUUCUCUCAAACAGUUUUCUGGAAGGAGUCUACUCUGAGGUCUACCCCGACAAGAGCGAAGAUGAAGAGGGCAUGAGGCGCUUCUUCAAGUCGUUCUCGUUCCCGGGUGGAAUCGGAUCCCAUGCUACACCAGAGACGCCCGGCAGCUUGCACGAGGGCGGAGAGCUUGGUUACUCCAUCUCCCACGCUUUCGGCACAGUGUUCGAUCACCCAGAUCUCAUUGCUCUGACGAUGGUUGGAGACGGCGAGUCUGAGACCGGCCCGCUUGCUACGAGUUGGCACUCGACCAAGUUCUUGAACCCAAUCACGGAUGGUGCGGUCUUGCCUGUACUGCACUUGAACGGCUACAAGAUCAACAACCCCACUGUCCUCGCGCGCGUAAGUCGCAAGGAGCUCGAAGCGCUCUUCGUCGGUUACGGAUGGACGCCUUACUUCGUCGAGGGAAGCGAUAUCCCGUCCAUGCACCAAGCAAUGGCUGCUACGAUGGAACGAUGCAUCACGAAGAUCCGCGAAUACCAGAAGGAAGCUAGGGACUCAGGCAAGGCUUUCAGGCCGCGCUGGCCCAUGAUCGUGCUCCGUACACCCAAGGGAUGGACAGCGCCCAGGCAUGUCGAUGGAGAUCACUUCUUGGAGGGCUUCUGGCGCGCACAUCAAGUACCCCUCACCAAGGUUCUUAAGGACAAGUCCCAGCUCAAGACUCUGGAAGAGUGGAUGCGCUCAUACGAGCCGGAGAAGCACUUCGACAAGGACGGCAAGCUCAUUCCCGAGCUUAGGGAGUUGGCGCCAACCGGCAACAGGAGGAUGAGCGCAAAUCCUGUGACAAAUGGCGGUCUGAUCCGACACAAGCUCCACGUACCCGACUUCCGUGACUACUCUAUCGAGGUCACCAAGGGAGGUGUCGCCAAGGUUGGUAGCAUGGCGAACUGCGCCGCCUUCCUGCGCGAUAUCAUCAGAGAUAACCAGAAAGACUUCCGUCUCUUUGGCCCCGACGAGACCGAAUCCAACAAGCUGGGUAAGGUGUACGAGGCGGGCAAGAAAGUCUGGAUGGGCGAGUACUUUGACGAAGACGAGGAUGGUGGCAACCUAGCCUUUGCAGGACGCGUUAUGGAGAUGCUUUCAGAGCACACUGUUGAGGGUUGGCUAGAGGGCUACAUCCUCUCUGGACGACAUGGCCUGCUCAACAGUUACGAGCCUUUCAUCCACAUCAUCGACUCCAUGGUCAACCAGCACUGCAAGUGGAUCGAGAAGUGCCUUGAAGUCGAAUGGAGACAGAAGAUUGCUUCACUCAACAUCCUACUUACUGCCACUGUCUGGCGACAAGAUCACAAUGGAUUCACACACCAAGAUCCAGGCUUCCUUGACGUCGUAGCAAACAAGAGCCCCGAGGUCGUCCGCAUCUACCUCCCACCAGACGCCAACUGCCUGCUCUCAACGAUGAACCACUGCCUCCGCAGCGAAAACUACGUCAACGUCAUCGUUGCCGACAAGCAGGAGCACCUCCAGUACCUCACCAUGGAGCAAGCUAUUGCCCACUGCACAAAGGGCGUUGGUAUCUGGGAAUGGGCGAGUAACGACAAGGACCAAGAGCCCGACAUCGUCAUGGCCUCAUGCGGUGACGUCUCCACUCAUGAGUCCCUCGCCGCAACAGCAUUACUCCGCACACAUCUCCCCGACCUCAAAAUUCGUUUCGUAAACGUCGUCGACCUCUUCAAGCUCAUCGACGAGGACCAGCACCCCCACGGCCUCAAGGCGCAUGAGUACAAGGCCAUUUUCACCGACAACGUACCUUGCAUCUUCAACUUCCACUCUUACCCUUGGCUGAUCCACCGCCUGACGUAUGGCCGCAAGGGCCAGCAGAACCUGCUUGUCCGCGGAUACAGGGAGAAGGGUAACAUUGACACGCCUCUUGAGCUGGCUAUCAGGAACGGUACUGAUCGCUAUAGCUUGGCGAUUGAUGCGCUGGAUAACAUCCCCAGCUUGGGUAACAAGGGUGCGGCGACGAGGGAGAAGCUGCUUGAUGAGCAGAUCAAGGCGAAGAACUAUGCGUACCAUGAGGGUAUGGAUCCUAAGGAGACGGAGGACUGGGUUUGGCCUUUCUAG